UAAACCGAGGUUAUUGACUUGUGCCGUGCGGCUCCCAGUUGGAAAAAAUCUGCUUGGAUCAGCCAGAGAAGUGGAUCUGAGGCUCGUCCUGCGAGGUGCUUCGUGCAACGCCCAGCAGCCGCGUGUGUCUCUGCUCUGUUUUUAAAUAACCGGCUUGGAUGGGGCUGUAAAGCUCAACCCCAGCAGCCCGGAGCGUGUUGCGGGCUGUAAAACCCGCCUGCGAGGCUGUAAAUGCCAUUCUCGUGAGUGUGCAAGGAACCUACAGAAGUGUAAUGUCUAAGCCUACCUGGAAUAACAACUCUUGGAAGUUUUUCGGGCUGUACCCGACUCUGUGCAAAACUUAACAAAUCGGCUGCAGCUCCUUCUGCUAAGGAUCAGCCUUGGUACAGAAACAGUGGUAGUUAAAAGGCAGUAAGUAUAUCUGCUAGCUUAAAUGCUGGGGGUUUUUUUCUCUUUUCCUUUUUUUUUUUUUAAUUCACAAGCACAGCUUUUUACUCCUCACACAGUAGGAAUUUGUCAGGAGCUUGCUGGCAUUAAUAGUCUAUUUCAGCUCUUUUCUAUAGCCCAGCAGCUACAGAGGGGGGGAAAAAGCAUGCUUUGUAUGGAGCUGUGGUUGGGUCUGUGCUGCAGUGCCCAUCUGAACUUGGCUGUGUUUAUUUUGUCAGCUUUUGCUUCCCUCUAGUAGUUGCUGGUCCCUUCCUAAACUCACGAAAUCCCACCAUACAAUGCCUAUGCUUGGAUCAGGGUUGUGGCUGCUCCUGCCCUGAACCACUUCUCUUGAUGGUUUUGCUUCUCGAGCUCUUUAUUGCAAACAAGAUAUCUUUGGGUUUCAAUUCUUUGUCUGGCUUUUUAUCUUCUCAAUUGAUCUCCAGAGGAGUGGGACUAGGACAAAACAUGUGGUAUUCCUAACCAGGGAUCCAUGGAGAGGGUUUAAGCUAUUGGAAAAGUGAGUGGCAUUCUUGAAAUGGUGUGGUUGCGUUUAUUUGGGUGUGGAUAUAAUCAUGGUUCUGUGAUACAGUUCCUGCUGAGUUUGAAAUGCUAGUGUCAGUAAAGCCAGAAGGAGAGCCAGACAAAAGCUUGGAGAAAAGUCAGAAUUUCAGUGCCUCUUACUGAUGGUUCAUGGGAAAGUAACGGUUUUGUGUUUGAUUUUCCUAAAGCACUGGGCAUAUGCUUUUUCUUCUCUGUGAAUUACUGUUUGUGAAUAUAUAUAUCUUUACAGCAUCAGAACAUCAGAAACAGCUGGUUUUUGUGCCUAGGUUUCACUUGUAGAGGUAGGUCCUUGUUACAGACUCUGGGUAGUCUGAUGAAAACGGUGUUUAACUACAAAGCUUCGAUUUCUGCUGUUGCUGAUCACAGCAGCCUAACUCCUGGUCUUCCUGGAUCCCUGGAGCAGGGGACGUGCUCUCCUCCUCCUGCUCUGCCUCUGCCAUGCCUGUGUCUCCUCCACCCCACACGUUUCUUAGCCUUGUGUAGAGCUCAGCAGAGAUUUCUUCAUGAAGACUGGAAUGUGUUUAUAUAAUACUUUAUAUAUUAUUUUAGGCUCCUGCUACUCAAGUGUAGGCAAACGCUUAACCUCUUAUUCACCACCAUUAGACGAACCAUGAAAUUGCUGUAGCAGACAUCAAGUCAGGUGCAUCUAAACCAGCUUCUGUUUUUCCUGCCUGGAAGGUUCAUCCUUCAUCAUUUUCCUGGCAAGUGUGGCUACCAAGAGCAGGUUUUCCAGGCCAGGAGUGUUUAGUGGGAGCAUUGAUUGUGAUCCACACCGGUCAAGCAGUGCUGUGCUGAGCUGGGUAUAGUGGGGGCUCUUCUGUGUGGGAGGUGUCGGGAAGGGGGUGAUGUGAGAGGCUCCAUCUCUGCAAAAGCAGGGGUAGGCAGCAGUAGGAACACCAGGCAAAGCUGCUGAAAAGGAGAGAACAACCUGCUGCACUAAAUCACAGACCUCCUGGGGGCACAGCUCCAUAGUUAGCAUCCUCAAAUGGUAUUCCUUUAUUACAGCAUCAUUGUGCAUGGUCCUCUAGAGAGGAAGCAAACAGUCUCUAAAACAAUCUGCUGGCAGCUCAGGCUGGAGUAUUUGAGGUUUUCCAGGGCUCUUUUGCUGUGUCACUCUUCCCUUUAAUGUUCCAGCUCGAAGGUUGUUGUUCUUUCUCCAUCAAAGUGCGUUAAAGAGCCGGUAAGAGUGUCUGCUCCAAGGACAAGGUGUAGAAGGCAGCAACCCAGGGAGAAAAAGAGAUCCUGCAGAACAGCUUUGUUUUGGUGUAAUCUGUCUUAUCUGCAUGUGAUGCAAAGACAGGGCAGUUUUCACAAGACUUGGAGGCUGCGUGGUGACAUGUUUUCUGUCCUUUUAUGAAAUCCACCACGUUAUUUUGAUUAGAGCGCUAACGUAACUCCUGGCAGCCUCAAAUCUCACUGCUAGCAGCUACUUCCCUCCAAAGCCUGAUGUGGUGCUAACAAGCAGAGAGAUCUUGUUCGUCCUGUUUACAUGGAGCUGGGAAGACAGCGUGUUCCGUGGGAGGUGCCAAGGUAGUGCUGCAGUCGGAUAUAAGGUGAAAAAACUCUGUGUGUGCAGACCGGCUGUGGUGGGGCGUGUUAAUUUGUGUUUAGUGGUGUUCAGGAACUCCAGCUGCAAUACUGGCAUGAUGAUGUUCUUUUAUAUCUGAAUACAUAUCUUUUGUAUCUAUGCAUGCAUAGCAUGUUUGUGUUUGUAUAUAUUUAUAUUUUUAUAUAUAUCUAUUCUCUCUCAUGGGAAAGUCCGUGUCCUGAUCAUCUGUGCCUGUGGUCUUCUCACGUAGCUCUCUGUUGUUCAGUUUUUAGGUGGCAGAGACACGGUGAAGCUGCGUGUGGGGCAGGCAGAGCUGAUGGGGGAGCCUGGGGUGUAGCCCAGGAUGGACUGGCUGUGACGAGGUGCCUUAGCUGGAGAGGUCGUUACCAUGAAGAGUUCCUGCAGAGCUGGCCUCCACAGGGAACCGCUGAACUCCACAUCCUCCACCUUCCAUCAAGUCAAACGGGUUUCUGGUAUGCACUUAAAGCCAUAUCUCAAGUUACAGAAGAAAGAGCGAUCCCCAGAAAUAAGCCAGGAUUCCCUGCGAGGCCACCAGGGACCAGCACAAGGAGAAAAAUACGCCAACUGCACCAAACUGAGCGUUUUCCUAAAACCCUCCCUCGUGACUCCAUCUCAAAAGCUUCUGGGGAUUAUUUAUCCAAAUACUAUGUGCAAUAUGAACGGGAAAGGCCCAGCGGAUGGUCCAAGUGCCAGGGAGAAGAAGAACGCCCUGUCUGCCACAAUCCACCAGGGAGAAGAAGGGGAAGGGCCGCUGGAUGUCUGGGCUGUGGUGAAACCUGGCAACACCAAGGAGAAAAUCGCCUUCUUCGCAGCCCAGCAGUGCAGCAGCAACGCCCGCACGGGCUCCAUGAAAAUCAAGAGCACGUGGGACAUCGACGGGAGAACGGCCAAACGCAGGAAAAAAUCGGUGGAUCUUAAAAAAGCCAAAAUUCAGCUGGAAAGAAUGAGGGAGGCAAACGCCAGGUGCUCCCAGCCGGAGCCUUUCGCCUGCGGCAUCGAGCACUGCUCAGUGCACUUCGGCAGUGACAGCGCGGAGGGCGCGUUCCCGGGCCGCUCGCUGUCGGUCAUCGAGAUGGUGGCGUUCCUGGAGCAGCGGGCGAGCGCCCUGCUCGUGGACUGUGCCAAGACCUGCACGGCCGCCUCUGCCACCAGGCUCAGCGCCCAGCCCAAGGCCGCCCUGCCCGGCUCAGACCCCUUCUCCUUGGCCGCAGCGUGCGAGGCGCACGCGGAGCGGGGCCCUGGCGAGCCCCAGGGCGAGCCCGUGCGCGUGCUGGACAUGGUGGCCAAGCUGGAGUCCGAGUGCCUGAGGCGGCAGAGCGAGCGGGAGGCCGGGAGCCUCUCCCGGAACAACAGCUUCCGCAGGAAUGUCGGCAGGGUGCUCCUGGCCAGUGGCACCCAGCCUGAGGGAGAGGUGGAGAAGGGGGUCCCGGCUCAGGGGGACGGGCUGGAGGAGGCAGGGGUGGCAGAGGCUGGAUACGGAGGCCGCUGUGGCCCUCUGGGUGACACCGAGCUGUGGGAUGGCGCUGCCUCUGCCCAGCAGCCGUUUCCUUCGGGGCUGGAUACCCGGGUGGGGAAUGUGAAUUCGGGACUUGCCCAGGCGGUGUUGGCAAUGACAGCUGGCAGGAAUGACACUGAAGCACAGAUUGAGCCUCCCAGGGCUCUGCUGUCCCCAUGUCCAGCUGCUGCCAGGCUGCCACCGGAUCCCUUGCAGAGCAAGAACACGACUGUUGAUUGUACGUCGAAAGAGUCUGUAAUUUUCCCAAAGCAUCCUGCUAGGAAGGAGCCCUUAUGCAUCAGUAUAUCAGUCACCAAGACAGAGAAAGGGUGCAGGAAGGAGAAGCACUCCAGCUCCAGUUCUGGUGAGGAUUCACUCCCAGGGAGGCUGUUUUUCCUCCAGGGUGAGCAGCCUGCUGCUCACGAGCAACAGCCACAGCAGGAGAAUAUCCAGGAGAAGCCAGGGAAAGUAGCCCAAAAUGAGGAUGAGGAUGCUCUGGCAUCUGGUAGAUCAUGUGUCAGAAGCAGUGUCCCUACAGAGCCAUUGGCCCCUUCUGUCCCUCCCACAGAAGGGGCUUUGCAAGUACUUGAUGCUUCCUGCCUAAAGCGGCAGGUUUCGCAUGACUUUCUGGAGACCAGGUUUAAAAUCCAGCAGCUUUUGGAGCCUCAGCAGUACAUGGCCUUCUUGCCUCACCACAUCAUCGUGAAAAUCUUUGGAUUGCUUCCCACCAGGAGCCUGGUUGCCCUAAAAUGCACUUGCUACUACUUCAAAUUCAUCAUCGAGUACUACAACAUCAGGCCGGCGGACUCGCGCUGGGUCCGCGACCCCCGCUAUCGGGAAGACCCUUGCAAGCAGUGCAAGAAGAAAUACGUGAAGGGGGACGUGUCCCUGUGCCGGUGGCAUCCCAAGCCCUACUGCCAGGCUCUGCCCUACGGGCCUGGCUACUGGAUGUGCUGCCACCGCUCCCAGAAGGGCAUCCCGGGCUGCAAGUUGGGUCUCCAUGACAAUCACUGGGUCCCUGCCUGCCACAGCUUUAACCGCGCCAUCCAUAAGAAAACCCGAGGAGCGGGAGCAGAGGUGGAAGAGGAAUAUUAGUGCACACUUUCCUGUGAGAUUGUUUGGGGGAGGAGGAGGAGAAGAAGAUUCUCAUGCCUUGUGCUGUUUACAGUGUAUAUAGUUGUCGUGAUGAUUUUUUUUUUCUCACAGGGCUAUGAAACUGCACAUACUCAAACACAAGAGCCUUUACCUUUUAGAUUAAAAGAGAGCUUUUAGUCCAUCUCUGUAAAUAACACUAUAAAAACUAAUUAUGUACAUACAGAGUCUACAGCUGGCUGAACAAGGUAACCCUACAAUGCAGCUAUCCCAGUGUUGCGGCUAUAGGUGUGUGUGUUUUUAAGUGUCUUGUUUCAAAAUCUGUAUAUCCUGUAUAAUAUAUGAAUGUUUCUGAGAAGAAACUCUAAAUAGGUAAAGGUCAACGUGUUUAAAGAAGCUGCAGACAACUUAACUGGACAACCUGAAACUUAGACUAUAGAGCAGAUCCAUUAUAGUAGUGUGGCAGUGGAUUUAAAAAAAAAAAAAAAAGAGAGGAAUAUUAUUGUAUAGUCAGAAUAUAAAAAAAAGUUCUUGUCUACCUUACCCAUGUUGUCUGGUUGGGGUUCUUUUUUUACAUAAAUAAAAUGUGCAUUCUAGAUCUGCCUUACCAGACUUUCUCUUGUAAGACUUUUGCCCCAAAAUAAAAAUGCAGAAACUUGGUGCUGUGCUGUA